AUGGCCUCCUCACUCUUUGCCCUCUCGGGAGAGCCCGUGAGCGAGCUGGGCCGGUACAGAGUCCUCGCCCCUUCUGCGGGUAUUCGAGUAUCUCCUCUGGCUUUGGGCGCCAUGUCCAUUGGCGACAGCUGGUCUGACUGGAUGGGGUCCAUGGACAAGGAGAGCUCCUUUAAGCUGCUGGAUGCCUUUUACGAUGCUGGCGGCAACUUUAUCGAUACCGCCAACAACUAUCAGAACGAGCAAUCCGAAACUUGGAUCGGAGAGUGGGCGGCAAAGAGGGGCAUCCGGGACCAGCUUGUGAUCGCUACCAAGUUCACCUCAGACUUUCGAAGCCACGAGCUAGGAAGAGGAAGGGCCCCUAAUUUCCAGGGCAACCACCGCAAGAGUCUUCACUUGAGCGUCCGAGACUCUCUUAAGAAACUGCAGACGGAUUACAUUGACAUUCUGUAUAUUCACUGGUGGGACCACACCACUUCCAUCAAGGAACUCAUGGAUUCUCUCCACCAACAAGUCGAGUCGGGCAAGGUUCUCUAUCUAGGUGCCUCAGAUAUGCCAGCAUGGGUCGUGAGUGCGGCCAACCAAUACGCGGUUGAUCACGGCAAGACUCCUUUCAGCAUCUACCAGGGACGCUGGAACCUCAUGGUCCGGGAUUUCGAGCGGGAGAUUAUCCCGAUGGCUCGGCAAUUCAACAUGGCUUUGGCCCCUUGGGACGUCCUCGGUGGCGGCAAGUUCCAGACAAAAAAGGCUCUGGAGGAACGCAAGAAGAACGGCGAGACUCUGCGUGGUCUCACAGGGGCCCCUGUUCAGACUGCCGACGAGGAAAAGAUCAGCGAGGCCCUCGCAAAGGUCGCCUCGGAACACGGACUCGAGUCCGUCACGGCCAUUGCGCUUGCAUACGUGCUGCACAAGGCCGGCAACGUCUUCCCCAUCGUUGGCGGACGCAAGACUGAGCACCUCAACGACAACAUCAAGGCGCUGAGCGUCAAGCUCACGGAUGAGCAGAUCAAGUACCUCGAGAGCGUGAAGCCGUUUGACCUGGGCUUCCCGUUGGCCUUUUUGGGCGAGGAUCCCAACGUUACGGGAUACUCUGUGCGACUCGAUCGGACGGCCAAGUUUGCGUUCCCCAACUCAGGGACUCCCAAGAGCGUGUAA